UAUAGAUGUUUGCAACAGAUUUAAAUACAUUGUUACUUUUUGCCUCAUUCAGAACUUCAGUUUCGAUAAUAGGUACUAUACGGAGUGUUACAAUGAAUCACAACCAACUUUUAAUCGCCUUUGUAAUAGUAGCAAGCUUUGCUUUGGAAGGAUACUGUGCUGCUGCUGCUCCCGAGAGCCCUCCCACAAAUGUAACCAUCAAAGACUACUGCAUCAAAGAAACGAAAAUAAGUCCAGACAAAGUAAAGAAAAUUGAGGAAGAAUCAGAGGAAGAAAUCGACGAGCAAGGAUACUGCUAUAUUCAAUGCAUUUUCGUUUCCAUGGAACUCAUUGAUAGCAAAGGAAAUUUGAAUGUUAAGAAAACCAUGGCUGCGUUCGAUGACAUGGAUGAAGAAUGCUUAAAGAAGGUAAAGAAGAUUAUGGAAUGUACGGACAUGGCUGCCCUUGAUGACUGUGAAAAAUAAAUAAUCUCUAAAUAUUAGACUAAAACCACAUAUUGUAAUUUGACUUUUAAUUUUUAUUUGACUGUUAGAGUAUGAAAUUCCAAUUUUCUCAGGUCAUAAAUAUAAAAAAAAAAUUUGAUAGGAUAGUACUCUUCUUAAAUUAGCUGUUGAAUCUCUUAUUUAACAAAUAACAUACUAUUUAAAUAAAAAGAACUUUAUAUAUCAAGUCAGUGAGCUAGAUAAAACUGAUACAAUAGUUUUUGUUUUUUGUAAUUCUUGUACUGGUUUUAUAUUUUUUUUCACUACCCAUAAGCGCGGUUAUAGGCUGUAUUGGUUGGUCUUUUGUACUUUAUUUAGUAGUUUAAGAAAUGUAAAAACUAGUAAAAUAAAUAUAUUAUGCAAAAUUUC